ACUUUGCCAUGCAGAAUUACCAUUUCUAGGUUCAACCAUUCCCUUUCUUUCUCUCUCUCUUCCUCUAAUUGGACUAUCUCUUGUUUUUUAAUCCUUCUUACUUCUCUUUUUUUUUCUUCCUUUCUUUCUCUCUCCAUUUUUAGCAACUCCUUAUUUAUUUUCUAUGUUUAGAACAGAGAGAAUUUUACCAAAAAGGAAGGGUUUUUCUUUCUUUUUAAGAAGGAAACAGGGGAGAAAACAGGGGUUUUUCAUUUUUGAGCUUAUUGAUUAAUCAAUUCUUUGGUUUUUGAUCAAAUUCCUUGGUGGGUUUUUCUGGGUUUUGGGUGAAUUAAAAUGGGUCGUGGAAAGAUUGAGAUUAAGAAGAUUGAAAAUGCAAAUAGUAGACAAGUUACAUUCUCUAAACGUCGUUCUGGGCUAUUGAAAAAAGCUCAUGAACUUGCUGUUCUUUGUGAUGCUGAAGUUGCUCUUAUCAUCUUUUCUAGUACUGGUAGACUUUUUGAGUUCUCUAGCUCCAGCAUGAAAAGAACACUUGCUAGGUACAAGAAUACUAAGGAAAGUCCUGAUGCAAUGCUUGGAAAUCCAAAGAUGGAGAUUGAAGACCUGAAGGAAGUUGAUAAUCUGAAAGAUGAGAUAAUGAGUCUUCAAGCCAAACAAAAGAGGUUGCUAGGAAAAGAUUUAUCAGGCUUGAGCAUGAAAGAACUGCAGCAGCUCGAGAACCAACUCAACGUCAGUCUAUUGUCAGUAAAAGCUAAGAAGGACCAACUACUGAUGGAACAACUGGCGCACUCACGCGCACAGGAGCAGAGGGCUUUGCUAGAGAAUGAGUCUUUACGCAGACAGAUUGCCGAGCUUAGGGGAUUUGUGACGCCGUCGGAGCGUCUGGAGCCUAUGUAUCUUGAGUACUAUCCGUUACAGAAAAGGGUUCGGUGUGAGACAAAUACGACGACUUCAGGUUCUGAUGGACUUUGCAACAGUGAGUUUGAUAAAUCAGAUUCUGAUAUUACCUUGCACCUGGGGCCACCUUGUGACCACAAUCUGAAUCUGAACAGAAAAGUGACGGUGACGGAGAGCGAGUCUGGAAGUCUAGCAGCUUCUCUUUAAUUAAAAUUAGCACAAAGAUCAUGUAGCAGGUUUUAGUAAUAGCAUAUCCAGCAGGAUCAUGAAUGGUACCUAGUUGACUACCUGACAUAUAUACUGAAUAAGUUGUAUAUAUCUAGUUAAUUACCCGCGGUAUCAAAUAGCUAUCUCUAAUGCCUUAAACGAAGAGUAAUAUCAUAUUUUUAUGUUGCUCGGAUUCAUCACCUUACCUCAAAUAUUGCAUCAGACUCUUGAGUCUUGACAUAGUGACACUCACACAUGGGUGCAGGACACUUAAGACAAUGGGUUCAAAGUACUAAUUACUAAAUAGUCAAGUUAGACACUUAGACAUGUGCUCAUUGUGUGUACUGAGUCCGAUGGAAUAACAUAGUCGUAUCUUAUGUAAAUGAAUUGCUAGGGAGUAGUGUAGCUAAAAUUUGCGUCCACCGAUUUU